AAGAUCAAAUCCAAAUUUAUUAUUUUGCAUCCCAUUCUGCACCACCCUGUCCUAUAAAAACCUCGCUUGCUCAAAUGUCACCCCCGGUUUAUUCCUUACUACUCCACAAUCUUACUAGAAAAGCAAAACACCAAAAUCUCGGAAGUCUCUGAAGUCUAAACCCUAGGCUAACGACGACGGAGAACUAUGGAGAAGGCAUUCGCUAGCGCCUCUGGGAUCAGUGAUCAGAGGCAAAAAAUCGAGCAGUACAAGCACAUUCUCUCCACCGUACUCGCCUCAAACGAUACCGCACAAGCCAAAAAGUUCAUCGAUCACAUGUUAUCGGACGAUGUACCUCUGGUUGUAUCGAGGCAGCUUUUGCUGACGUUCGCGCAAGAGCUUAGGAACUUGGAGCCGGAGGCACAAAAGGAGAUUGCGCAUUAUGCUCUUAAUCAGAUUCAGCCUCGCGUUGUGUCCUUUGAGGAACAGGUGCUGAUAAUCCGAGAGAAGCUUGCAGAGUUAUAUGAAUCUGAACAAUUGUGGUCAAAAGCUGCACAGAUGCUGAGCGGCAUUGAUCUAGAUUCUGCAAUGAGAGUGAUUGAUGAUACAUUCAAGCUAUCAAAGUGUGUACAAAUUGCCCGUCUUUACCUUGAGGAUGAUGAUGCUGUUAAUGCAGAAGCCUUUAUCAACAAAGCUUCAUUUUUGGUUAGCAACAGUGGACACGAAGUGUUGAAUUUGCAGUACAAGGUUUGCUAUGCUAGGGUUCUUGAUCUGAAAAGAAAAUUUUUGGAAGCUGCUCUACGUUAUUAUGACAUUUCCCAAAUAGAGAAGCGGCAAAUUGGGGAUGAAGAGCUUGAUGAAGAAGCGUUGGAGCAAGCUCUAGCAGCUGCUGUGACAUGCACAAUUUUGGCUGCAGCAGGUCCUCAGCGUUCACGUGUUCUUGCCACAUUGUACAAGGAUGAACGGUGCUCCAAGUUGAAGAUUUAUCCAAUCUUACAGAAGGUUUAUUUGGAGAGGAUUUUGAGAAAACCAGAAAUUGAUGCUUUUGCGGAAGAGCUGAAACCACAUCAGAAAGCGCUUCUGCCCGACAAUUUUACUGUCCUGGAUCGUGCUAUGAUUGAACACAAUCUCUUGAGUGCUAGUAAACUCUACACAAAUAUAAGCUUUGAUGAGUUAGGGACCUUGCUGGGCAUUGCUCCUCAAAAGGCUGAGAAAAUUGCUUCAAGAAUGAUAUGUGAAGAUCGAAUGAGGGGAUCUAUUGACCAGGUUGAAUGUGUCAUACAUUUUGAGGAUGAUUCAGAGGAAUUACAACAGUGGGAUCAACAGAUUGUUGGGCUGUGCCAAGCUCUGAAUGAUGUCCUCGAUAGCAUGGCAAAGAAGGGCUUACCAAUUCCUGUCUGAAGGAUGUUAGUUACGAGGAUCUCCUCUCUGUUAUUUUGGGAAUACUUUUGAAAUGGUAUCUUACAUCUUUGCUUCUACAGCAGAUUUGUCAUCGUCCUGGCGGUUGAACGUCUUUGUACAUGUCCUGAGUUCUUUCUGAUCAAUGUCUUCAAAAAUGCUUUUUCCCAAAACAUUUGUACAUGUCCUAGUGCAUUUGAAGGGGCUUAAAUGAGCUUUUUAGAAAUCCUAAGUGCAAAGUGCGUCUAUUAUGUACAUUUUGAUUUACAAAUUAAUCAAGUUCCCCGGUACUUUCUAUUU